AUGGCGUCCACUUCGGUGCUGGUCAACCGGGAGGAGACGGGCGGGGUGGCCACGGGCACCUACUCCUACUGCAGCCAGCCCCGGGCACUGCCCAACCGCCAGCGUUACCGGACGACCCUGGAGGCCAAUGAGCUGGAGGAGGAGCCCAUUCGCUAUGCCAAUCUCAUGUACGAGCGGAGAGUGGUCCGUGGCAACACGUAUGCCCUCCACGUGUUACCUUGGAGCAGUGAGCCCGACCCGCUGGAGCUGCAGCGGCAGCGUGAAGCCCAUCGGAAGAUGCUGGCGAGGCAGAGGGCGAAGGAGCAGCUGCGGACCAGGACUCCAGAACCGCUGGAGGGGAGGCGCCACGUGGAUGUGCAGACAGAAUUGUAUCUGGAAGAGCUGACGGACCGCGUCAUCGAGGUGGACGUGGAAUGUCAGACGGAUGCCUUUCUGGACCGCCCGGCCACCCCACUCUUCAUCCCUGCGAAGACCGGCAGAGACGUGGCCACCCAGAUAUGGGAAGGAGAGCUUUUCGAUUUUGAUAUCGAAGUCAAGCCCAUGCUUGAGGUUUUGGUGGGCAAAACGAUCGAGCAGGCUUUGCUGGAGGUGAUGGAAGAAGAGGAACUGGCCAAUCUGCGGGCGCACCAGUACGCCUUCCUUGAAAUGCGGGCGGCAGAACUCGCUGAGGUCCAGCGCCUUGAAGAGCAGGAGAGGAGACACCGAGAAGAAAAGGAACGCCGUAAAAAGCAGCAGAUGGAAAUGCUGCAGAAGGAGAAAGAAACGGCGGAGAAGAUCGCCGCUCGCACCUUCGCCCAGCGCUAUCUUUCGGAUCUCGUUCCGUCCGUCUUCGGCAGCCUUCGGGACAGUGGAUACUUCUACGAUCCGGUGGAAAGAGACAUCGAGACGGGCUUCAUCCCAUGGAUAAUGGGCAAGAUGGAGACGCUGCUGGAGAGAAGGUCCCUUGGACGAAUCAUUGCUGAUAGCUUAAUUCAACACGUGGUGGAAAUGAGGCUGCAGGCCUUCGAAGAGGGCGCUUGGCCCGAAGCUCCCCAGCUGACUGACCUGGACGUGGAGGAGCUGGAGGCCGCUGCCUCCCUGCUGAUCGAGCCCUCGGGCCCGCUGGGGGCUCCUGACCAGCCCGAAGACUCAGGCCAGGCCGAGCCUCCGGUGAGCCAGGCAGACGGUCCGGGUGAAGCCGAAACCUCAGAACCGCUGCAAGCGCCAAGCCAGCCGGAAAACGAUCAAGGCCCAGCCGAGCAGCCCGACGGCGCUCCGGAGUCCGAGCCCCAAUGA